AGAAAAUGUUACUCCAAUUGCUACUAAACGAACAACAGUUAGUACUGGAGGAAGACGUGAUGAAUAUGAUGAUCGUCCUGUAACAGCUGCGGCUUUUGGGCGUUUAUACGGCGUAUUAGAUUUGCAUCGAGAUUCAUUGGCAAAUGCCGUGUCCGUUAGAUUUCAAGAAAUUAAUAAAAAGAUUGAUAAAUUAUGCAAAUCAACAUCAAUAAAGAAUCGCGAAUUAGAGCCGUAUUUAGAAAAAAAUGCGAAUGCUGCUUGGCCAGCAGAGAUGAUAUAUGAAGAAGAAAAUUUAUUGGAAAUUUCCGCAACAAGCUAUGGUGAUUAUGGUCGUCGUUUAAUGCGAAUUAUGUUCGGUAAAGAAGAGUUGAAAUCGUCUGUAUUACCGCCAGCAAGAUCACAUUUAUCGAAAAAGCCGUUGAACGAACGAAAAUUUAGUUUUUUGAAUGAACAUAUCAUGUUUGAUUCGUUAUUUCUUCGUAUGCGAAAAAAAACAACAGACGCUGAGCCACUAUCGGCGCCAAAAUACAAGGCCGGUGGUUAUUUUUUGAAUAAUUUUUGA